AAGAGGUGACAACUCUUUAGUUCCCUCAAUUGAUUACCAUUGCUCCCUCUUGUUAGUCACAUUGACAAGAAUUCCAUCUGCAUAUGUUUAACCCUGUCUGAUGUUGCUGUAGUUUGAAAGCACUAUUGAAAUUAUGGUGUGUUAAAAGGGCUGCUUUAACGGUAAUGGAAGGUGACAAUAUAUUCAAUUGAUUUUCUCCCUCAAUUUGUUUAGACGAGUAUGUCUUUCUCUGGCACAAAAAUGGAAUCAUAUGGAGGAGGCCAGUCCAGCUCUAAUCUUGAAGAAACAACACAAAGGUAUGAGUUGAAGAGAAGAGAUCCGGAACUGCCUACUAGGAAACGCCUGAAGAAAAACAAAAAAAAGAAACGAAGGGUUAUUGAAGAAUUAGCGGAGUGUACCAGGGAUAACAAAGAGAAAGAUGAGCUGGAAGUUUUCCGGGAGCAAGAUGUGUUAACAACAUCACUGGAUAGCACUAAUUACAAUGGCCUGGAUUGUGAAUCUGUAAUAAAGUACAUGGAAGAAGAAGUGAAUAUCGCUCUCAACACCAUGGUGCAACUGCUAGGGGUUAAAAAAGAGGUGGCUCUUCUGCAAUAUGAACUGCUCCAGAAGAGCUUGCAUAUCCGCAAUGAUUACAUAUUGCUUGUUCUCAAGGCUCUGGAGAAGGAGUAUGUUUAUGAACAAGAAGAGCGUGAAGUAUUGAAGAAGAUUUGGGAUGUGGAGAUGAAGCAUAUGCAACUUAUUAGGGAUGAACAUAUAUAUUUGGUUAAGAUAGGGACUGACAAAGGAAAUAAGAAGCAGAAAAUGGCAGAGAAAGCAGAGGAGGAGGAGAACAACUUUGAUGGAAAGCAGCUAGUUCUCAGUAUUGAAGAAUUGCAAGAGAUACAAGACAAGCUCGAGAAGAUUAAUGAAGAAGCAAGGGAUGAAGUGCUAAGGAUAGCACAAAAUUACAGUAAGAUCCGCAAGCCAGCCUAUGAGAAGCGAAACAAUAUCAUUAAGGAUAUUCCUAACUUUUGGUUGACGGCAUUUUUGAGACACCCUGUUCUUGCUGAACUUAUAAGCACUAAGGACCAAGAGGUUCUCAAGUUUUUGAGUUCAUUAGAAGUGGAACAUUCUACAGAUGUGAAGUUCGGAUAUACCAUCACCUUCUACUUUAAUCAAAAUCCUCAUUUUAGGAAUACACUGCUCUCGAAGACUUACACGUUCCUUGAAGAAGGACGACCUACAAAAGUUACUGCUUCCACAAUACAAUGGUUGGAAGGCAAUGGGGCAGUUUCUCCCCUUGAUGAGGAUAGCUUCUUUAGGUGGUUCAGUAGUGAAGUCAAUCAGAAGGAUGAUGAAAUUGCUGCAAUAAUCAAGGAUGAGCUGUGGGAGAACCCUCUAACUUUUUUCAACGAAGCUGAUGAAGAAAAAGAUCUUCAUGAGGCAGAGGAUGAGGUAGUAAAGGACAUAGAAGAUGAUGCUGGUGAGGAGGCCGAUGAUGCUGAUGAAGAGGAUCGUGACGCUGCAGAUGACGCUGGUGGUGAGAUAGUAAAGGACACUGAAGAUGACGAUGAGGAGGCUGAUGAAGAGGAUCUUGAGGGGAAGGACAGUAAAGGUUCUCAUGACAGUGAAAGUUCCCAGGACGACUAUGAUCUAGGAGGGAUGAAGCCACAUUAACUCUUAUACAGCAACUCCUCUUUUCUGAGUUUGAUCUUGUCUUCAAAUGUUUUGCUGAAUAGGUUAAUUUGGUGUUUGUAAAGAGGCUUUAAAUGUUUGGAAAGACACAUGCUCUUAUGAUC